AUGGGGAAGUUUGGUGGAAAGAAAUGCCGGUUGCUGUCAAUGCUAUGGUUAACUGGCACAUUUUUCUUUGUGGAGUUGAUUGUGGGCUAUGUGACCAACUCUAUGGCGCUGGUUGCUGACUCAUUUCAUAUGUUAAGUGAUGUUGCCGCCCUUGUGAUAGCCUUCCUAUCUGUCAAAAUGUCACCAAAGAAAUGGUCGAAGAAUACGUUUGGUUGGGCGCGAGCGGAAGUGCUGGGGGCUCUUGUGAAUGCUGUGUUCUUAGUGGCGCUGUGCUUCAGCAUUACAGUGGAAGCGAUGCAGCGGUUUAUAAAGAUUGAGAUCAUACACAACGCAAAGCUGCUGGUAGCCGUCGGGACGCUGGGACUUAUUCUGAACAUCGUCGGGCUUUUCCUAUUCCAUGAACACGGCAGCAGUCACGGGCACACGCACGGCGGUGUACCGCCUCCGUCCAAUGUGCGGCAUCUGACAGAGAUCGUGAACAGCAAUGCGGACAUGGCUCUGGGUCAUCAGGCGACCGAUAACGAGGAGACUGACGAGAUGGUCCCGCCCAGAAACGACAAAAUGGCCAACAACAACAAACAGGCAGCGGGCAGGGUCGCCAGCGAUCCCGGGCAUUUGAAUAUGAAAGGGGUGUUUCUUCAUGUGCUGUCUGAUGCUUUGGGUUCCUUAAUAGUGGUAGGAUCGGCGUUGGUUGUGUGGCUGACGGACUGGCAGUACAAAUACUACCUCGACCCGGCGCUCAGCAUAGUUCUAGUCAUCUUAAUCCUCGUGUCAGUGUGGCCUCUGUUGAGGGAGUCCGCGCUCAUUUUGUUGCAGACCGUACCCACACAUAUACAGGUGGAUGCGAUACAGAGGCGUCUGUUAGAGAAAGUCGACGGAGUGCUCGCCGUGCACGAGUUCCACGUGUGGCAGUUGGCCGGAGAUAGAAUAAUUGCUAGUGCACAUAUUAGAUGUAGAAACCUGUCAGAAUACAUGAAAAUUGCAGAAAAGGUGAAGGAGUUCUUCCACAACGAAGGCAUUCACUCCACGACCAUACAGCCCGAGUUUAUCGAGCUUCCUACAGACGGCAAUGAGGUAGCAAGCGGGACGUCAGCAGAUGCGCCUUGCGCGUUGCAUUGUCCGCCGAAUGACUUGUGUCAUAACGCAACUUGCUGUGGUCCCAAUCAACAGGAGCGCACGACACCUUCUCCGUCAGUCACACCAUACUUAUGUCGGCAGCGCAACAUGGGGUCUAGAACAGAAUCUAUGAACUCUAAUAUGGCGGCAGGAGGUCAAGGAGCGGCCACCACCAGAAAUUUAGAUGCACUUGAAUGCGGGUCCUUGCUACCGUCUCCAAUUGUGGACGGCCGUCUUUCGGUUUGA